GGAGUCUUAAACAAACCUACAACGCUUGGACACACACUUAAGAGCACCCUGCACUUUCCAACCUCUAUUACAAACAGAGAAAAGACACCGCAAGUGGAUUCAAGAGGUUAGCUGAACUACUGAUCCGUGCGUAUGGACUUUUAAUUGCUGAAUUAGACCAAGGGGUUUGACUUUUUUUUUGGUCGCAAUUGAAAACAGAAGCUGAUGAUUUAACUCGCAGACUUUGCAUGUGCUCCACGCACAAAUAAAAAACAAGUAUUUUUUAUUUAUUUCAAAAUCCCUUUUUUUCCCUCUAAAUAGUCUACUUCUUCUCUAAAAUUGGCUCCUGUACAAACAGCCGCGUUGGAUCCCUCGGGUUACUGCGAGACUCCGGUGUACAACCCGGAUCUCUGUCCAAAUAUGAUCGCCGCCCAGGCCAAGCUGGUGUAUCAUCUCAAUAAAUACUACAACGAGAAAUGCCAGUCUCGGAAAGCGGCCAUCUCCAAGACCAUCCGGGAGGUGUGCAAGGUGGUCUCGGAUGUCCUGAAGGAGGUGGAGGUCCAGGAGCCCCGCUUUAUCAGCUCCUUAAACGAAAUGGAUAACCGUUUCGAGGGGCUCGAGGUCAUCUCCCCAACUGAAUUCGAGGUGGUCCUCUAUCUGAACCAGAUGGGGGUCUUCAACUUCGUGGACGACGGCUCUCUGCCGGGCUGCGCCGUGCUCAAGCUAAGCGACGGGCGGAAGAGAAGCAUGUCCCUCUGGGUCGAGUUCAUCACGGCUUCGGGAUACCUGUCCGCGCGCAAGAUCCGCUCCAGGUUCCAGACGCUCGUGGCGCAGGCGGUGGAUAAGUGCAGCUAUAGGGACGUGGUUAAAAUGGUCGCGGACACCAGCGAGGUGAAAUUACGCAUCAGAGACAGAUAUGUGGUUCAGAUCACCCCCGCGUUCAAGUGCACCGGCAUCUGGCCGCGAAGCGCUGCCCACUGGCCGCUGCCGCACAUCCCGUGGCCUGGCCCGAACAGGGUGGCAGAAGUCAAAGCCGAGGGGUUCAAUCUCUUAUCGAAGGAGUGUUACUCGUUGAACGGGAAGCAGAGCUCGGCGGAGAGUGAUGCCUGGGUGUUGCAGUUCGCCGAAGCGGAGAACCGACUGCUCCUGGGAGGGUGCAGGAAGAAAUGCCUGUCGCUGCUCAAGACGCUGCGCGACCGGCACCUUGAGCUACCCGGGCAGCCUCUCAACAACUACCACAUGAAAACUCUUGUGUCUUACGAGUGCGAGAAACACCCGCGCGAGUCGGACUGGGACGAGAACUGCCUCGGGGAUCGACUGAACGGGAUUUUAUUGCAGCUCAUUUCGUGCUUGCAGUGCAGGAGAUGCCCCCAUUAUUUUCUGCCAAACCUAGACCUUUUCCAAGGGAAGCCACAUUCGGGCCUUGAAAACGCUGCCAAACAGACUUGGCGACUGGCUAGAGAAAUUCUAACCAACCCUAAAAGCCUGGAGAAACUCUGAGGUAAAAAAAAUAAAAA